AUGUCUUCCCCAAACGCUGAGGAUCUGACCGAGUUCCAGAAGAGGGCGGAGAUCCAGUUCAAAGCCGUUCUGGAAGGUAUUGAUCAAGUAGCCACUGCUCACGAGAAAAAGACACAGAAUCUCGUGAAAGCAGAGAACGACAGUGCUUGGGAUCGACCAGCGAGACCCAAGGAUAAAUCCAGAUCCAAAGACGACAAGGUUGAGGAAAGGGCUGCUGCCAUCAUCCGAGCGAUUCGCGAGUAUGAGCGGGUUGUUACUUUCGGUAACCGACCGUCAGAAGCGCUGCCUUUAGAAAAUGAUCGCGACAUGGGCGGUCAAUAUCUUACCAACAAGGACCGCAUAGACAACGAAAGCAAGCUAUACCAAAUCGCCAGGAACGUUCCAAAGGGCGCUUUGUUACAUCUUCACUUCAAUGCCGAACUGCAUCCUGAGAUACUUCUUGUACGAGCGCGCAAGAUGAAGAACAUGUACAUCCGCAGUAUCAUACCAAUCACAAAGAAGGAGCAUCUGGGGGAGACUGAGAUGAUUUUCAAUAUCUGCGACCCAACAACCGUCGACCCUGGUGUCAACGUCUUCUCGGACUCUUAUCCCAAAUUAAUGGAUCAGGAAAACCCGAAGGCUGAAAGCUAUCUGAAGACUACCUGGAUGCCAUGGUCAGACUUCCAGGAGGAAUUUGAAAGAAAUUUCCCAGGUGAAUACCAAGACGAAGAACCUGAGACUUUUCAAGCUGGACAGCCACAACACUGUGGGCAGACAAAGCCUACCAAGCUUCGUCCCGCUGAGAACUGGUUAAGAUCGAAGAUGGUUCUUAGCCUUGAUGAAGCCUAUGGGCCUACACAGACUGUGAAUGGAGUAUGGGCUCGCUUCAACCAAGCUACCAGGGCUUUCAAAGGCUUACUAAACUAUGAGAGCGUCUACAAAGAAUACAUAGGCGAUGCUAUUGACCGCAUGAUCGAGGAGAACGUCAUGUACGCCGAACUACGACCAAUGCUUUUGGACAAGUUCAUUCCUGCCGACAGCGGCAUUCACGAGAAGCGCAUCAAGAACCACGAACAGAUGCGACUCAUUGUAGAUGGAAUGAAGGAAAAGAGGAAAAUGCUUGCAGAGCAGUAUGGCAACGAUGACAAGUUCCCAUUUGGACUCAAGAUCAUCUAUUGCACACCACGGUCUAUUCCCAUACCGCUUAUGCAAAAGGAAAUGAGAGAUUGCAUAGCGCUCAAGAUGGAAUUCCCGGAUCUUAUUUGUGGUAAGCAGCACCUGACACUCAGAGCGCAACCGUUUCUAAUCCCCUUAGGUUUCGAUCUCGUGGGCGCGGAGGACCGGCCCAACCACAUUGGGUUUUAUAGGAAAGAGCUCGUUACAUUCCAGGAAACGUGUAAGAAACUCAAACUGGACAUACCUUUCAUGUUCCACGCCGGUGAGACACUGCUCGACACCGGCGGCUCCUCCGAUCCGGAGAACUCCAACCUCUACGACGCAGUGGCGCUGGAAUCGAAGCGCAUCGGCCACGGAUACGCGCUCAUGAAGCAUACCCAUCUCAUUGAGAAAUUCAAGAAGACGAAGACCAGCAAAGGUAUCUGCAUUGAGCUAUGUCCCAUCUCGAAUGAGCUUUUGCACCUUUGCAGAAACGUCAAAGAACACCCAUACCCAGAACUGCUGGCUGCGGGCAUACCUUGUACAGUCAACUCAGACAACCCAUCGCUCUUCAGCAACUCAAUGUCACACGAGUUCUACCAGAUCAUAGUCGGCGACCCCACCAUGUCCCUUUGGAGCUGGAAGCAGCUGGCAAAAUGGAGCAUUGAAUACAGCUGCCUCGCCACGAAAGAACAGGAACGAGGGCAAGAAAUCUUAACUAGAGGUUGGAAGGAGUUCUGCCAGACCGUGGUUCGAGACUAUGGUCCUCUCAUGGAAGACGAAGCUUCAGUCAACAUCAAUCCCUAUAGGGCAGAGGCAUCAUAUUCGGUGCGCGACGACAAGACCCAUCCCGUCAUCGAGAAGGCGAUAUCGGACAUGAAGAUGGCAGCGAAGAAGUCUCCAGGGCAAGAGCAUGCAGAUGUGGUCAAGAUAGAGAGAGAGAAAGCGAGGUUGUGGAUGGAGUCUUUGGCUAGCAGCGACGUCCUCAAGCGGAAACCUUGA